AUGGGCAUGGACAGGCUGUGCAGUCCGGACGGGUCAGAUCCACUAUGGGACUGGAACCUAACGUGGUACACCGAUGCCCCCGAACUGACCCAGUGCUUCCAGAACACAGUGCUGGCCUGGCUGCCCUGCCUGUACCUCUGGGGAUGUGCUCCCUUCUACAUUUUCUACCUCCACAGCCACAACAAUGGCUAUGUCUGCAUGAACCAUUUUAAUAAAGCCAAAACUGCUGUGUCCCUCCUCCUGUGGAUUGUCUGCUGGGCAGAUGUCUUUUAUUCUUUCUGGGAAAGAAGUCAUGGCCUUGUCUCUGCACCAGUACACUUCCUUAGCCCCACAGUGCUGGGCAUCAGCAUGCUGCUGAGCGGUCUGCUGGUGCAGUACGAGCGGAUGAAGGGCGUGCAGUCGUCUGGAGUUCUGCUCAUAUUCUGGCUGCUGGCGCUGCUGUGUGCGACCGUGUCCUUCAGAUCCAGGGUCCUGCUGGCUCCGGACCAGCCGUCUCUGGUGUGUGUGUGGAGGUAUACCACAUUCUUCAUCUACUACGCUCUUCUGCUGGUUGCCCUGGUGUUGUCCUGUCUCUCUGACCAGCCUCCGCUCUUCUCCCAGGCCGUGAAAGACCCGAACCCGUGUCCAGAGCUGGGCGCCUCCUUCCUUUCUAGAAUCACAUUCUGGUGGAUCAGUGGAAUGAUGUUGACCGGGUACAAGCGGCCGCUGAUGGACAGCGACCUGUGGUCCCUGAACUCUGAAAACUGCUCCCAUCGUGUGGUUCCGGGUCUGGCUCAGCGCUGGAGCAAGCAGCAGCAGAAGGUCCAGAGGCGUUCCCCUGAGUCCCAGGCCGAUCAUCACACCAAGUACACGUACUCUCCAAAGAAAGCUCCAGAGAACGAAGCCAAAAGAGAGUCUGCCACAGAGGAGGCCGAGAUCCUGAUCGUGAAGCCCCCGCCGCAGGGCAAGGAGCCGUCGCUGCUGUGGGCGCUCUGCUUCACCUUCGGCCCGUACUUCCUCAUCUCCUGCUUCUACAAGAUCCUUCAUGACGUGCUUAUGUUUGUUGGACCAGAGAUCCUGCGGCUCCUGAUCAGCUUCAUCAACAACUCCAACAGCCCGUUCUGGCACGGCUUCUUCUACACUGCUCUGCUGUUUGUGUGCAACUGUGUGCAGUCACUCAUUCUGCAGCAGUACUUCCACGUCUGCUUCGUGUCGGGCAUGCGCGUACGCACCACCAUCAUUGGGGCAGUCUACAGGAAGGCCCUGGUGAUCAGCAAUGCUGCGCGCCGCUCCUCGACAGUGGGAGAAAUUGUCAACCUGAUGUCAGUGGACGCCCAGCGCUUCAUGGACCUCAUCACUUACAUCAACAUGAUCUGGUCUGCUCCUCUGCAGGUGGUGCUGGCUUUGUACUUCCUCUGGAAGACUCUGGGGCCGUCCGUGCUGGCUGGUGUGGCUGUCAUGCUCCUGAUGGUUCCUAUCAAUGCCUUUAUCGCCAUGAAAACCAAAACCUACCAGGUGGCACAGAUGAAGAGCAAAGACAACCGCAUCAAGCUGAUGAACGAGAUGCUGAACGGCAUCAAAGUGCUGAAGCUCUACGCCUGGGAGUUGGCCUUCCAGGACAAAGUGUCUGAGAUCCGCCAGAGCGAGCUCCAGGUGCUAAAGAAGGCUGCUUACCUGGGAGCCAUGUCCACCUUUACCUGGGUGUGCGCGCCUUUCCUGGUGGCGCUGUCCACGUUCUGCGUGUACGUGCUGAUUGACGAGCACAACGUCCUGGAUGCUCAGAAGGCCUUCGUGUCCCUGGCUCUGUUCAACAUCCUGCGCUUCCCCCUCAACAUGCUGCCCAUGGUCAUCAGUAGCAUGGUGCAGGCCAGCGUGUCUCUGAAGCGGCUGCGGACCUUCCUGUCCCACGAGGAGCUCCAGGAGGACAGCGUGGACCACUCUGCUCCGCUGGCGUGUCCUCACAGUAUCUCCAUCACUGAGGGAGUAUUCAGCUGGUCCAGAACCGAGGAGCCCGCUCUGAAAAGUCUGAAUCUGCAGGUCCCUGAGGGUGCACUGGUGGCUGUGGUGGGACUGGUGGGCUCAGGGAAGUCCUCGCUGCUGUCUGCUCUGCUCGGAGAGAUGGACAAGAUGGAAGGAACGGUCUCUGUCAAAGGCUCAGUGGCUUACGUCCCACAGCAGGCCUGGAUCCAGAACUCGACCCUGAAGGAAAACAUCGUGUUUGGGCAGGAGGCGAGCGGGCCCUGGUACCAGCAGGUGGUGGAGGCCUGUGCUCUGGAGCCCGACCUGGAGAUCCUUCCCGCCGGAGACGCCACAGAAAUCGGGGAGAAGGGGGUGAACCUAUCAGGAGGACAGAAACAGCGGGUCAGUCUGGCCCGUGCCAUCUACUGCGACCGCUCCGUGUACCUGCUGGACGACCCGUUGUCUGCGGUGGACGCACAUGUGGGCAGGCACAUCUUUGAGCGGGUCAUCGGCCCCCAGGGGCUGCUGCGAGACAAGACACGUGUGCUGGUGACACACGGCCUGAGCUACCUGCCCCAAGCAGACCUCAUCCUGGUCAUGUCCGAGGGCCAAAUCUCAGAGAGGGGGACCUACCAGCAGCUGCUCGACAAGGACGGAGCCUUUGCAGAGUUCCUGCGCACUUACGCCUCUGUGGACAAUAAUGAAGAGCAGACUGUCCCCACAGAGCAAGACCGCAGCUCAGCCCCGACUGGGAAACCAUCGUCCCCAAAGCCUCAGGAGGAGGAGAAAGGCGCUGACGCAGCGAAGGCUACAGCAGGCAAGCUGACCGAGGCCGACAAGGCCAACACUGGAAAGGUCAAACUGUCCGUGUUCCUGAUCUAUGCCAAAGCCAUCGGCGUGCCCCUGACCCUGUUCAGCCUCCUGCUCUUCUUCACACACCACUUCCUCUCCCUCUUCUCCAACUACUGGCUCAGCCUGUGGACGGACGACCCUGUGGUGAACGGCACUCAGCCCCACAGGCUCAUGAGGCUGGGGGUGUACGGGGGUCUGGGCCUGUCUCAGGGAGUGGUCGUGUUCGGGUACUCUCUGUCCAUGUCCAUCGGGGGAAUCCUGGCGUCCCGGUUUCUGCACCAGUCCAUGCUGUACGACGUGCUGCGCUCGCCCAUCUCCUUCUUUGAGCGCACGCCCAGUGGAAACCUGGUGAACCGCUUCUCCAAAGAAAUCGACACCAUUGACACGGUCAUCCCCAGCAUCCUCAAGAUGUUCACUGGCUCCAUGUUCACCGUGCUGGGCUCCUGUGUGAUCAUCCUGUCCGCCACUCCGCUGGUGGCCAUCAUCAUCCCCUUCCUGGGAGUGCUCUACUUCUUUGUGCAGCGCUUCUAUGUGGCCUCGUCUCGACAACUGAAGCGGCUGGAGUCGGUGAGCCGCUCCCCCAUCUACACACACUUUAACGAGACGCUGCUGGGAGCUUCUGUCAUCAGGGCCUUCGGAGAGCAGAAACGCUUUAUCCACGAGAGCGACCUGAGGGUGGACCACAACCAGAAGGCCUACUUCCCCAGCAUCAUAGCCAACAGGUGGUUGGCCAUUCGCCUGGAGUUUGUGGGGAACUGUAUCGUGUCGUGUGCUGCUCUUUUCGCUGUGAUCGCUCGAGACAGCCUCAGUCCUGGCAUCGUGGGCCUGUCCAUCACCUACGCCCUGCAGCUGACCACAUCGCUGACGUGGCUGGUGCGCAUGUCCUCAGACCUGGAGACCAACAUAGUCGCUGUGGAGCGUGUGCGGGAGUACAGCGACACGGAGAAAGAGGCCGAGUGGACCCUGCAGAACAAAGGACCCCAGCCGGACCCCUGGCCCUCUGCAGGCUGCAUUGACAUCAAGAACUUUGGCCUUCGCUACCGCCACAAUCUGGACCUGGCCCUCCGCCACAUCAGCCUGAGCAUCACAGCAGGAGAGAAGGUGGGCAUCGUGGGCCGGACCGGGGCAGGAAAGUCCUCCCUGACCAUGGGGCUGUUCCGGAUCCUAGAGGCCUCAGAGGGACAGAUCCUCAUCGACGGAGUGGACAUCUCUGAGCUGGGCCUGCACCAACUGCGCUCCCGCAUCACCAUCAUCCCCCAGGUCCUCCUCCACACAUGCUCUGCACCUCCCUCACACGCUCUGCACCUCCUUCACACAUGCUCUGCACCUCCCUCACACGCUCUGCACCUCCUUCACACACGCUCUGCACCUCCUUCACAAACGCUGCACCUCCUCCACACACGCUCUGCACCUCCUUCACACGCCCGGCACCUCCUUCACACACUCUGCACCGCAUUCACACGCCCGGCACCUCCUUCACACACUCUGCACCGCAUUCACACGCCCGGCACCUCCUUCACACGCUCUGCACCUCCUUCACACACGCUUGGCACUUCCUUCAUACGCCUUGCACCUCCUUCACACACUCUGCACUUCCUUCACACGCUCUGCACCUCCUUCACACACGCUUGGCACUUCCUUCAUACGCCUUGCACCUCCUUCACACGCUCUGCACCUCCUUCACACGCCCGGCACCUCCUUCACACACUCUGCACCGCAUUCACACGCCCGGCUGCACUUCCUUCAUACGCCUUGCACCUCCUUCACACGCUCUGCACCUCCUUCACACGCCCGGCACCUCCUUCACACACACACUCUGCACCGCAUUCACACGCCCGGCACCUCCUUCACACACUCUGCACCUCCUUCACACGCUCUGCACCUCCUUCACACGUUCUGCACCUCCUUCACACGUUCUGCACCUCCUUCACACGCUCUGCACCUCCUUCACACGCUCUGCACCUCCUUCACACGCUCUGCACUUCCUUCACACACGCUGCACUUCCUUCACAAACGCUCGGCACCUCCUUCACACGCUCUGCACUUCCUUCACACACGCUGCACCUCCUUCACAAACGCUCGGCACUUCCUUCACACGCUCUGCACCUCCUUCACACACUCUGCACUUCCUUCACACGCUCUGCACCUCCUUCACAUGCUCUGCACAUCCUUCACACACACUCUGCACAUCCUUCACACACACUCUGCACCUCCUUCACACGCUCUGCACCUCCUUCACACACGCUGCACUUCCUUCACAAACGCUCGGCACCUCCUUCACACGCUCUGCACUUCCUUCACACACGCUGCACCUCCUUCACAAACGCUCGGCACUUCCUUCACACGCUCUGCACCUCCUUCACACCCUCUGCACAUCCUUCACACACACUCUGCACCUCCUUCACACACUCUCUGCACAUCCUUCACACACACUCUGCACCUCCUUCACACCCUCUGCACAUCCUUCACACACACUCUGCACCUCCUUCACACUCACUCUGCACCUCCUUCACACACUCUGCACCUCCUUCACACACGCUCGGCACUUCCUUCACACGUUCUGCACUUCCUUCACACACCCUGCACCUCCUUCACACGCUCUGCACCUCCUUCACAUGUUCUGCACCUCCUUCACACGUUCUGCACCUCCUUCACACGCUCUGCACCUCCUUCACACGUUCUGCACUUCCUUCACACGUUCUGCACCUCCUUCACACGUUCUGCACCUCCUUCACACGUUCUGCACCUCCUUCACACGCUCUGCACCUCCUUCACACGUUCUGCACCUCCUUCACACGCUCUGCACCUCCUUCACACGCUCUGCACCUCCUUCACACGCUCUGCACAUCCUUCACACACACUCUGCACCUCCUUCACACGUUCUGCAAAUCCUUCACACGUUCUGCACCUCCUUCACACACUCUGCACCUCCUUCACACACACUCUGCACCUCCUUCACACACUCUGCACCUCCUUCACACACACUCUACACCUCCUUCACACACACUCUGCACAUCCUUCACACACACUCUGCACCUCCGUCACACACACUCUGCACAUCCUUCACACACACUCUGCACAUCCUUCACACACACUCUGCACCUCCUUCACACACACUCUGCACCUCCUUCACACACACUCUGCACCUCCUUCACACACACUCUGCACCUCCUUCACACACACUCUGCACCUCCUUCACACACACUCUGCACAUCCUUCACACACACUCUGCACAUCCUUCACACACACUCUACACCUCCUUCACACACACUCUACACCUCCUUCACACACGCCCGGCACUUCCUUCACACACCCUGCACCUCCUUCACACACACUCUACACCUCCUUCACACACGCCCGGCACUUCCUUCACACACCCUGCACCUCCUUCACACACACUCUGCACCUCCUUCACAUGUGGACCCGGUGUUGUUCUCGGGCUCCCUCCGCAUGAACCUGGACCCCUUCAGCAGCUACACGGACGAGGAGGUGUGGAGGGCCCUGGACUUCUCCCACCUCAAGAGCUUUGUGUCGGGGCUCACGGGAAAACUGGAGCACGAGUGUAGUGAAGGAGGGGAGAACCUCAGCGUGGGGCAACGACAGCUCCUGUGUCUGGCCCGCGCGCUGCUGAGGAAGACCAAGAUCCUGGUGCUGGACGAGGCCACAGCCGCCGUGGACAUGGAGACCGACACCCUGAUCCAGUCCACCAUCCGCUCCCAGUUUGAGGAGUGCACCGUGCUGACCAUCGCACACCGCCUCAACACCAUCAUGGACUACACACGGGUCCUGGUCCUGGACAAGGGCGAGAUGGCGGAGUUCGACAGUCCAAACAACCUGAUCGCUCAGAGAGGACUCUUCUACAACAUGGCCAAAGACUCUGGGCUGCUCUGA